CAUCAGAAGUUGCAAGUCGACAAUUACCCAAGAUAUAACCUCUAUAGCUCUGGGUAGAGUAGCUCUAGGUUCUAGGUCAAUUCACUUGGACGGGGCAUCACCUUUGAGAUCAGUUCAAAGGAGACCUCGAUAUUUAGAUCGCUUAGCUGCACGCGGUUCAUCAAGUCGCAACCUUGCAACCCGCUCAUUGGAGAGCCAUACGAUCAACGCUUAAGCAUCGAAGAGGACGUCAUAGCAAGACCAUUUCGGUUAUCCGCUGGACAUAACAUCAUCGUAACCCACGGAUCUCGCCCUUGGGAGAGAAUUAACGGAUCGACGAAGAAGGGAUAAACAACACACAGAAACAAGAGGAUUGGGAUAAAUAUUCGGCAAGAUGGUUUUCGCUCCGAGAUAUUGUUGCUGUGCCAUCCCGCUGGUCAACGUGGGCAUGUACGCUCUGAUGACUGAACAGUUCGUCGUAUGCAGUGUAGCGGGAGUCUUGGCGUUGGCUACUCCGACCAUCGUCGGAAGUUACGUACCCAGCUAUACGCCGUACAUCCUAGCGACGCUGUGUUUCGUCGUAGCCGCCAUUCAGCUAGUCGGGUUCUUUGGGAUUUACCGGGAACAAGUCCGAACCUUCCGGACGUACGCAUGGGUCAACGCGUUCGCCUUUACGUCCAUCUUUGCCUGUGGUGCCGCUUUGGUCGCCGUCUCCGCAGCGAGGCAUAACGAGGCUGUCUCACGAUGCACUCUCACCUACUUUAAAGGACAAUCGAAUGAUGGGACGAUCAACGUCUCUGGGGAGGCCAAGACGAUCUGUUCGGCUUUCGCAUGGGCCGAUAUAGGGAUCAUGGGAGGGGCUUGGUUGAUCUUGUUGGUCGGGCAGGUGUACUUUAUCUUCAUGAUCAAGGUGUACGCUUCGGAGCAGAAGGUGGAUCACCAGGAGUACAAGUCGAUCUACGAGGCCAACGCGGAAGAAUUUGCCAUGAUCGAGAGGAACAGCCAAUGGGGACCCAACCCGGACGCAUGGGACCCUCGAGAGAGCAUGGAUGCCGACCCGAACGCUGUCCCCGGUAGUAACAUGUACGAACAACCCUACUCGCGCCCUGCACACCCUGCCGGAGGUUACUCGGAGUCGAGCCUCAAGCACGAGUUUUCGCAAGAAGAACACCAGGCGAGGGAUUACGAGUACGAGCAAGCGCAGGCACAGGGACAGGGGUACCCGCCGCAAGCGCAUGGUCAGGCUCAGGGAGGUGGUUACGACCAGCACCAGCAAUACCCGCAACAGCAGCCGCAUUAUCAGCAGCAGGAUUAUGGGCAUCAGCAAGAGUACGGGCAGCAGCAGCAGUACCAGCAGGGUUACCCGGACGAGCCGCAACACCAGGGGCAGUCUCAGGGUGGAUAUCAUGCCGACGGACGACAGGGCGGGUAUCGACUAUAGGCUCGGAGUGCUUUCCUCCCCUCCCCUGCGCCUGGAUCGGUUGUUGUUUAUCCAUGUACUUCUCCCAUUCCCUCGACCUGCAUCGACCAUUGCUAGUCUGUGUGUUUUUCGUGACGAUGCGUCAAAGAUGAAAUCUUAUACCCGCUCAAAGUUCGAUAGCAGGAAACGCUUCUCGGCAGGUCCAUGCUAAAAUCCGUGUUUGUCCGGCUAGGUAAAGGAUUAGAUAUCGGGACUCAGCGUUGCUCGGUGCUGUGGGACAUGCGUUCUCUCCUGGAGAAGAUACCCUA